AUGGACAUAUUCGACGUCCAGCUGCAAAAGGCACCAAUGAGAAAACAGCAAGAGUUGGCUUUACUGUCUUCUCGGACCGGUAACAGAGGAGGGCAUGCAAAGCGCGGUGCUGCUACAUGGAUCACAUCCAGUAUCACUAUAGAAGAGCUGCAAAUAUCUCUCUUGAUCGACAUCCGGAGGUUGGGAAAACACUCCACCAAAAUGCAGCGCCUGGAGAUAUUACUCAUUUUCAGAGAAGACUUUGGUCUGGAUGACAAUAUCAGAGAUCUCGAGGUUGAAUUUAUAGAUGAUUCAGAGGGCGAAGGAGACAUGUUUACUGAGAGUGACCAUGAUUCCAACCAUGUCCCUCAAUGCAAUUUCUUCCAUCCUGAGAAGGUGGUUAUACCUCUCCCAUUGAAUAUUGGGAUCAAAAGGUGUACUGAGCUGGGCGUCAUCCACCUUGUGGGUCAGGAAGUUGCACUUUGGGAAGGGCAGGCCAAUGACACCCUGCAAGCAAUCCAAGUUCUGCUAGCUGAUAAGGCUGUGCUCUUCUGCACCACAGUUCAUCCGGCCAAAUCCCAGGCAAAGUCAACCAGGGCGUGGACUCAGGUACAUUCGGUGGAAAGGGUCAUCAAACGGCAAACAAUGAUUUAUUCAAAAUGCCGGGCACAACUCGGCAAUCUACAAGCUCACAACCUCUUAGAGAAAUAUCUCCGGAUGGAGAGAAGUCAUCUCAAAGCUACUGCUGCUGUAGCCAGUCCUAAUGCUUGGGGACAAAGAAACACCAUGCUUCCAUGGUUCUGGUCUCUUGAUGUUCAGGGAGAUUCUGGCACAGUUUACAGGGUUCAUUGGCUUCGCACAAAAGCAUUGCGUGAUCGGUGGUCGGAAGAACUGCUACUGGUUGACCAUGAAAUGGGUUGGACUGUGCAGUUCUUCCUCCACAAGGCAUGCUCAUGGUUGUCAUGCAUCACCCAUAAUGGCGAUCCACUUCCAGAAGGGCACAAAUGUUAUGCAAUUCAGCAGGCCCACAUGUACCAUGAAUUGGCUGAACAUGCAUGUGCAAGUUUUCUAAAGGCAAAUCCAAAGUUCACGAUAAAUGCUUGA